UUUAUUUUUCUGAAACAUUUAAACUAAACUCAUGCUAAUCUCCAAGAUUAACAGAAUAUGUUUAUUUUGGAGAUUAGCAAAAUAACAGAAUUUGUUUCCUGUUAUUUUACUCAGAAUUCCUGUUUUACAGGAUUUCUACUCGGUCUCAAAAAUUCUGCAGAAGUAUUAAAUUGGGUUAUCUCAUUUUCCACCUUUGGAAAAGUAUGGUAAUUCUUUAUUAAGGAAUUAUGUUGUUUUCAGAUUUUUUUUCCCUUAUUCCAAUAUUGUACUGACAAAAUCUAAUCCUUUACAAAUGCUAUUGUUAUCACAUCUGUUUAUUAAUUUCAUGUGCUUUAUCUUAGAUGUGCUAACUCUCAGAUUAGUUUGAACAUUCUACCCAUCAAUAUUUGAUUUUUGACUCACUGACUGUGUAUAAGAACUUAAAACUUUAAGAAGUAUUAGGUUGAACUGUCCCACUUGCUAAAAAAAUCCAAAACAAGCACUGGAACUGAUAUAUUUAGCAGACAUAUUCGCUCCGCCAUUGUGGCAUUUAGCAAAUCUACAUGUUGAGUUUGUUUUCAUGGAAACCGUUUCAUAUGUAUCAGUCUGUAUUCUGUCUAUCUUAUCUAUCAUCUGCUGACCUAAUAACCAAACCUUCAGCAAUGGUUGUGAGCUCCACCCAGUUUGAUCUCCAGUAUAAAAACAGGGGGCGCAACACAGGAGACCAAAACAAGAGUUCAACUUCUGCAGCGUUUUACCUCCCGCAAAAUACAGGUGGGAAAAAAAAUGACACCUUCAUAGCUGGAGAAGCUGAAGUCUGAUCAAGGCUUUGCAGUGAGAAGAUUGCAAACUUUAUAUGCAAGAUUUUUCUUUUAAUUAAAUAGAUUUUUUUUUAUGUAUUCUAUUCCAGACGCUUUGUGUCCGAGUUUAAAGUUAAAAUGCCUCCGCUAAAUGAGAGCGACUUUGUGGAUGAGUACGACGUCCCGCGGGACGAGAGUCUGGCCCGGGUGGAGAUCGCGCUGCUCGGUGCGAUCUUCGUGACCGCCACCACCCUCAACACCGCCCUGCUGCUGGUCCUGUGGCGGCAGCGCAAACAGAUGUCCAGGAUGCGCGUCUUCGUCUUCCACCUGUGCCUGGCGGACCUGGUGGUCGCCUUUUUCCAGGUGUGCCCGCAGCUCAUGUGGGACAUCACGGACCGGUUCGUGGGACCCGACCUGGUGUGCCGCCUGGUGAAGUACCUGCAGGUCCUGGGCAUGUUUUCCUCCACCUAUAUGAUCGUGGUGAUGACGGUGGACAGAUACCAAGCCAUCUGCAACCCGAUGGUGAAGUUUCAGCGGGCGCGCUCAAGACUGAACGUUCCCGUGAGCGUGGCGUGGGGGGUUUCUCUCGUGGGCAGCUUGCCGCAGGUUUUUAUCUUCUCCCAAGUGGAGGUCUCACCCGGUGUGUUUGACUGCUGGGCGGAAUUCAUCCAGCCUUGGGGGCUGCAGACCUACAUCACCUGGACCACUCUGGUCAUUUUCAUCCUGCCGAUUUCCACGGUUGUAGUUUGCCAGGUGCGCAUCUGCAGAGCCAUUCAGACCAACCUGUCUAGAAAGACUCAGAGGCAGGGAGUGAGCGCCGGGGCGCCGCUGCCAGCAAGAGCCAGCGGAGUGGCUGGGAUGUCCAAAGCCAGGGUGAAGACGCUGAAGAUGACCGUGGUCAUUGUGUUGGUGUAUAUCAUCUGCUGGGCUCCAUUCUUCACCGUCCAGCUGUGGUCCGCCUGGGACGCAAAUGCGCCUAAAGAGACUGCGAUUUUCACCAUCCUGAUGCUGCUGGCCAGCCUGAACAGCUGUGCCAAUCCCUGCAUCUACCUCCUGUUCUGCGGGGAGUUCCCCAAGAGGCUGGUGAAACUCCUGCGUCCGCCGGCGCUCUCUGCCGCAAUUAUCAGGAGAGCAAAUCAGGGAUGGAUGGCCGUAAAUGAGCUGUGGACAGAGUCUCCUUCAGAUGUUGGUCUGAAAGGUGAUUUUACUUAAAUGGAGCCUUUUCAACUGGAUAAAGACUUUUUUUUCACGUAACAGGAUAUUUCUAAAGCCUGGAAGAGAUUGGACUUUUGUGGGCUCUUACUUUUAUUUUCAGUUGCACAUUGUUUUAUUUUUUUUAUAUACAAAGGUUUGUGGAAAGAAAUAUUACGGACACAACAAAUUGUACCACAGAUUGACAGUCAUUUUUUGGACCUGGGUUUCAUUCUUCAGCAAUAAGCUGCUGGAAAAGCUAAAGAACAAAAGUCUUUGUAUAAAAUGUACAAAGAGGUUUGAUGUUUUUGUUCUGAAAAAAAAAAAGUGUUUGUUGUGAUGAAGGGGAAUUUUCUGACAAGUGAAUAAUAAAUCUAUUCUUUCUAAGGUCAUAUGAAAUGAUAAUAUUACAGGCAUAAACUUGAAAUGAAUCGUGUGUUACAUUGCCUUGCUAAAGUAUUCUUGCCCCAAGAACAAUUCCAACUUGUUAUGUUACAGCCAUAAACUUCAAUGUAUUUUGUUGGGUUAUGUGACAGGCCAUAAUAAAUUAUUAUAUAAUUGUGAAAUAGAAUUGAAUCAAUUGUUUUCAAAAUGCUUUAUUAA